GUACCUUGACGCUCAGGUACACGGAUUUCCCCCAAACUUUCCUCAAACUUUCGUUUUGGAGUGUUUUGGUCCCAAUUCCUUGUCACAGAUGGACUAAAACACACAUGUUGACCUGUGGGAUACCGGGAAAGCCGUGAUUUUGGGGGGAAUCGGCUUGUGGACGCAGCGUACUCUGGCUAUAGCUAGUUAGUCAUGUCUGCUGGCACCAGUGACAGUCUGAGGCGCGGCGAGAGGCUGGGGAGCACCAGGGAAGUGUCUUUCACCGAGGAGCGGUGUGUGGACCCGGUGGAGGAUAGGCAGCCAACCCCACAGCCAAAGCCAGUCCACAAAGGCCGCCUUAAAGACGCUGAUGGGAACGAGUCUGAGACCAUUGACUUUGUUCCCGGUGUAGCUGAGCCUUCAUCUGCAGCAUCGAGCUGCAAUCCCUGCUCUUCUCCAAAGAGUUGUAAAACCUUUGUGUGCACCGUAAUCACCUUUGGACUGUAUAAGGUGUGCCAGCGCUGCAUCCACCCUCCACGUUUGCCGCCGAACGAGAGCUCCCAAGAUGAGGCAGAAAAGAUCAGUCUCCGAGGUCUUAACCCGGACAACAACAAAGAAGAGGCUGACACCGAAUGGUCAGACUUUCGCAUCAAUGGAGUUAGAGUAGUCGGUCCAAAAGAUGAUUUAGAUUACGACGUCAAAUCUUCAACAUAUGCGCCGCUGCCUGCUCAAACCCCAUCAGAGUUUGCCUCCUUGAAUGAUUCUAUGCCAUUUAAUGACUGGGAGGACGGCGACGAGAACGUGGACUCCCUGAUCACCAAGAAGCUACUGGAGCUGUACUCUGAGUAUCAAAUCGAAGAGCUGGCCAGGUGCACCUCGGACUCUGUGUUUCUGAGGAAGAGCAAAGCCAUCAACCAACUCAUCAACUCCCUGGCAGAGGAGCACAAAAUGGACGAGCAGGAAGCGGAGUGCCGGUUGGUGCGGGGCAUCAUCCGCAUCAGCACUCGGAAGAGCACAAAGAAGCGGCCGCCGAUUCCCAGGAUGGAGAGGACGAUGUCGGACAGUGGGCACGAGACCAUGAUAGAGAGUGGCUCCUUUCCCUCAAGCAACAACAACGACUACAAGACAAAUCCCAACAUCCAAAUAUCCGACUUGACUUCCACUGACAAGUUUGCCAGAAACAUGUGGAGGAAGAAUGGAGAUCCCACUUCAAGUUCUCCAUCAACCUACUCGCCCUCUCACUCAGAGAUGGAGUCUUCAGGCGUGCCACUACUGCACGCUUCGGCGAGGACAUGAAGCAGCGGUACGGAACCACCCAGUUGCCUCCUUCUGGCCACGCACUGGGUGUUGGAAGGACGACUUUACUUGCACUGGAGUGUCUGGCUGAGCCGAGCUCCUUUGACAGGAAGGAGAAAAAUGUGAAGGGUGGAAUUGUGUGAAGGCUACAGUGAACUCAGGGUUCUGCGUGCAGAUAUUUAUGAAUGUAAAUAUUGUAUCUGUGCAUUUGAAGGAUCGUCUAAUUGGGACUCCGUCUGUAAAACAGUUAAAUUUUUUAUGACAAUUGACCGUUCGCUUGUUUGUGAAGAGCUUGAGGCUCUACAGCUUGAUUUUGUCCUUUACCCGUGCUCUUGUUACGUAGUACAGUUUUUCCCUUUGCUUUUUGUUUUGUUAGUAUACAUUUCACCAUACUUUUGCCUUUAUAGAGUUGAUUUUAAUUCAUUCAAUUUUUUGCUUUCUUUGUUUAUGAAUUUUCUUAUUUUAAUUUGUGUUAGAGACAUUUUAAUGGUCAAAGUGUCAGUAGUCUAAGAGAAGAAGAAUUUGUUUAAGAUCUUUUCAAAUAUUUAAAAGUGAUAUUAGUAUAAGUAAGAAUCAAAAUUACAUCGCUUUCAGAUUAAUUAAAAAAUUUUUAAUCAUGGCCAAUCAUUAAUUUAUUCUAAUUUUUUAUGGUAUUCUGUACAAACGAAAUGUAAAUCCUCUUUCUUGCCAAUUACUAACAGUGCAAUAGAAAUACUUUAUUAGACACACACCUCUUUAGUGUGUUAAUCACAAGUCAGCGCCUCAUUCUGUGGUUAAAGUUGUUUUCAACAGUUGACAGACCAAUAUCCUGCCCUGACUGCUGUUUUUCAGAGUAAUAUGCUAAGCUAACUAAGCUAACAUGCCGGAACUCCAGUUCUUUCUCUGGAACUUGAAUGCCUGUCUUUUGUAAGAAAUAUAUUUUUGAUUAAAAAUCUUAAAAGACGCAUAAAACUAUACUUAAUGUUCAGAGAGAUUGGAAUAUGAAGCUCAUAUUUCACAGGUAGCUCUUGCUUGUUAAGGGGAAAUCUGAAAUCUCUCAAAUUCUCACUUUCUGCCUUUUCGAAGCUUCUGUCCUUUAAACAGCAGAUGUUUUCUGAUGUUCCUCUGUUGAGCAGGUGAAUAAUUUUCAAAAAAAUCAAACUUCUUGUCAAUAUUAUCAAAAUUAAAAGUGUAGAAGUGUAACAGCCCAGUCUAUCUUAGGCUUUUUUUGAGUUCUAUGUGUGAAAUCAGUGGUUACUUAUGGUAUUCUUGUUUUUCAAAUGUUUGAUGGUUUGCCUGCAUUAGUCGUGUUGUCACUGGAAAUUAAAAAAUAUAUAUAUUUAUAAAAA